AGUAGCAUUAGUCGAGACGGUAGCUUUGUUUUCAUUUUAUCUUGAAAACAGAAAACGCCUAUUACGUGGCAACGAAGGCAAACCUCACCCCUCUUAAAAGGGCGCCAUUUGCCUUCACCGCUAUCAUUUUUAAAAUCUUUUCCACCACACUCCAACUUCAAAACGCAAUUUCCAUUUCCAUUUCCAUCUCCAUUACCUCAGCAAAACCCUAAAACCGCGCCAUGCUCCUUCACUCCUACACCUUCGAUUCCCUCUCCAAAUCCCAGGAACUAUCGUCAGCCAUCGAAUCCGCCACAACCACCUCCCAAAUCGCAUCCGCGUGCGCCUCCAUCGACUCCUUCCUGCACUCCCACUCACCCGACCAGUCCCGCCACUUCUUCUCCCUCGCCUUCCCGACCCUAAUCUCCAAGCUAUUCGGCUUCCACGACCCUGUCGCCACCAAUGCCUGGAUCCACAAACCCGAACUCGCCCAAACCCUAUUCUCUCUCCUCUCCCCCGCCGGCACCCUCGCCGCCUCCAUCGCCGCCGUCGACCGCCUCUCCCUCGUCAAAUACCUCUUCCCCGUCGAACGCCUCCCCCACUGGACCCGCUCCCUCCUCCUCGCCGACGCUAACGGUUCCCGUCAGCUCUCCGAUCUCUGUCCCUCGCUCUUCAAACCCUCACCUUCCCCACCCCAGGUCCAACUCAACGUCUUCGAGUACUUCUUCUUCUGGCUCGCCUACUACCCCGUUUCCAGGGCCAAAAACCAAAACCCCGUUCACUCUUCCGUCAAGAGAGCUAAGAAAUUUAGGUUAGAGGAUUGGGCCUGGGCCUCCUCGAUUCCCGGUUUCUCCGCCUCCAAACGCUGCCCCGAGGGAAAACCUCACUGCGAUUUAUACACGCGCCUCCUCUGCGCUUACCUACGCGCCUUUGUCACCUCCUACGACCUCGCCGCGCACCAGCCCUAUCGCACCUCAAUUCUCCACUACGGCCCUGGCUACGACGCCUCCGUCGCCGCGCGUGCCGAGUUCGUUGUGCACACGCUAAUCCACUUCUGGCUCGUCGACAACGACUUCUCGCCGCUGCCGCGCUCCCUCGGCGUGUCGUUUCCGGCGGGGGAGGCGCCGCCUCCCGCUGGAUUGGCGGAGGUGGUCAGCCUCUUCGUGAGGUACUUGAAUUUGAGCACGGUCGCCGUCGCCGCUAAAAUGGCACAUUUUAUCCCAUGCCACAAAGUGGAUGAUGCAAGCAAAAUUGCUAAGUUAUUCUUUGAAGAAGUAGUGAGACUUCAUGGGUUACCUAAAACUAGCGGCGACGGCGGCAGCGAGGGUGGGAGUCCCCGGUGGAGGAGCCUGGAGGGUGGGAAGAGCAAGGAUUUGGGGGUUGUGCGGUCGCUAGGGUGUUGGAACUUCUGCGUGCAGAGGCCUUUGUAUAGAUUUUUGUUGAGGACGUUCUUGUUUUGCCCCAUGGCUGCUUCGGUUAAGAAUGUGUCGCAGGUGUUGUCGGUUUGGGUUGGUUACUUGGAGCCUUGGACCAUGACUGGGGAUGAGUUUUCGAAUGUGGAUGGGAUCGAUGGGGAGAAGAAGGAAAAUUCUUUGCCUGCGGGGGGUGGGUUUUCGCCACGGUGGCAGGAUUAUGUUCUCUCUAAUUAUCUCUACUACAGUUCCUUGGUCAUGCAUUUUAUUGGGUUCGCUCACAGGUUUCUUCAUAGUGAUGUUGAAAUCAUAGUGCAGAUGGUGCUAAAGGUGUUAGACACAUUGACAUCAUCAAAAGAGCUCGUUGACCUUUUGAAGACUGUGGAUUCCCUUUUCCAUUCUAUACAAGCUGGAUCAAGCAAGCCAAUGUUGAAUAACUUGUACAGAUAUGUUCCUACUAUCCGUGAACAGUUGCAGGACUGGGAGGACGGUUUAUGUGAGACUGAUGCUGAUGGCUCUUUUUUACCUGAGAAUUGGAACAAAGAUUUGCGACUUUUUGCUGAUGGGGAGGAUGGUGGACAACAGCUCCUUCAGUUGUUUAUAUUGCGUGCAGAAGCUGAAUUACAAGCUAUAUCUGGUGAUAAUAUUGGACCCAGCCUGCAAUGCAUAGAUUCACUGAAGGCAAAAUUGGGGUGCUUAUUUGAUGGAGACACUAUGAAGUCAUCAAUUUGUCCUGAACCAAUGCCACAUCAACAAUCUCGUGAUGAGAUAUUCAAGCCUAGAAGAGUUGGCUAUCAUGCUUCUUCUGAUGUUAAAUACAAAGGUGACUGGAUGAGACGUCCCAUUUCCAAUGAUGAAAUUGCAUGGCUUGCAAAAAUGCUUAUUAGGUUAUCUGAUUGGUUGAAUGAGAGUCUUGGACUAAAUCAGGCAGAGAGCAAUCAAGUUAGCUCAACAGUUUCCUAUGUAGAGGUAUCCACUGAUGUCGCCCAUAUAUGUGGACCUUCGGAGGCCGUGAAGGUCUUUUUAUGUACCAUUGGUUCUUGGUUUCUCUUUCUGGGUGCUGCUUCUCUGGGUUUAAUGCGAAAAUAUGGUCUGAGGGUGAACUUAAGGAUACUGGCCUCCAAAAAGGUUGUAAUGGUUUUUGUUUUAUAUGUUGCUUUUGGUCUAUUGAAGAAACUCAUUCGAGCAUUUCAUGGCAUGUAGAGAAUAUAGAUUGAAUAUACAAAGUGUAUAGAGAUGUGGAAAGUACAAAGAGAAUUUUGUCCAUAAGGUGUUUCAGCUUCUGUAAUUACAAGUGGUACGGUUAGAAAAGAAAAUACCAGUCCGCCAUGGUCAGCUAAUGCAAGUAAUUUCUGAUUUCAUAUUAAAGCUGCAAUGAAAGAAAUUACGGGUAUCUCAUUUUUAUUUAGAAUUUGGAAUGUGACGUUAUAAAAGAAAAUUUUGACUAAGGGUCGAACAUUUCUUUUAUAAAGUGUUUUGGUUUGGGAGUUACUACCCAGAUUU